AUGUUAGAAGAAGUAAGAAAGUGUCGGGAAUUGUUAGAGAAAUUUGAUUCACGAGGAAACUCAGAAUUUAAAAAGUAUUUAGAGAAGAUAGAAGAUCCUAAUUACCAAGGAGGUUCUUGGGCUUUGCCGGAGAAUGCUACUGCUGCUGAAAAAGCAAAAUACGAAAUUUGUGAGAGAAUAUUAGGUUAUCAAGAGGAUAAUAGUUUGUCUGAUGAAGAAUUAAGAAAAAUGACUAAUCUAUCACAAGACCAGUUAGAGGACAUUCUUUUUACUCGCAUAGAAAAAAAAUUACCAUUAGAAAAGUCAAAACCAUUCAUGCCCGAAGAACUGUUUAGACUAGAAAAAGAGAAAUUUAAAAAACACCCUGAAAUUACUAAGAAAUUAAUUUUGAAUAUCUUAAAUGAAAGAUUAAAUGGUCGAAAAAGGAUGAAACCUCGAACCAGUUAUGGCAUAAGAGAUAUUUAUGUCUUGGAAAGAACACUUUAUAAAGACCAAAGAUAUCGUUUUAAAGAUGAAGAGGCCGAAAAGAUAUUUAAAAAACAAAAAUCUCCUCUUUAUCAGAGCAUCAAAAAGGUAGUUUUGCGAAAACUAAUCUUACUAGAUGAAGCCAAGGAUUUAAGAGAUUUAGACAAAUUGCCAAAUAAUCGUUUAGAAAAGUUAAAAGGAACUGAAAGAACUUACAGCAUUAGAAUUAAUGAUCAAUAUCGCAUUGUUUUCGAUUGGACAGAUGCUAAUGCUUAUAAU